AUUGGUCGUAAGUGGACUUCUUGAUCCCUACUCUGGCAUACACAAUUAUUUUUGCGAGUCUCUGGAAUAUUUUUAUGAAAAAACUGUGAAAAAUCCAAAAAAUAACAACUCGAUCUGUAAAAAAACUUGGGCAAUGCAAGAAGGUGAAGUGGAUAAUGUUGGUGAAAGUGAAAGAUCGUUGGGAAAUGAACGGGAAAGUGGUGAUUUUAGUACGACCCAAGAAACAGACGCCUCCUCGUCAAUACAGCAACAACAACAACAGCAGCAGUCUAUGAAUGAAGCGGCUAUGUUGGCGGCGACAUCAGAUACAAUGACAUCGCAAGCAAUGCUGCUGACGUCUGCAGGUGCAGCUGCAGCAACAACGAGCGCAGCACAAAAUUCGAUUGCUGCUGGUAGUGGCGUUGCAGUUGUCGGAGGUGGCAAUGGUGUUAGCUUGGAUGCAUCUGCAGCUGGAACUGUGGUGGACGCUGAUAUUGUUGCCGACAAGGGUGAUGACAGCGAUGUGGCCGAUGAUGAUGCCGACGAUGAGGCAAAAGAUAAUUACGAGGGUUUCAAUGGCACGGGACGCAAUAUAACCCUACAAACAUUGAUGAGCGCCAAUGUUUUACAGCCGGGCAAAUCGGUUAUGACCAUAGAAUAUUUGGGCCAGAAAUUCGUUGGUGAUCUUUUGCCCGAUGGCAAAAUAAAGUCACAGGAAACGGAGACGGUUUUCCUAACGCCCAGUGCAUGGGCCAUGAAUUGCAAACGUAUCAUUAAUCCCGAAAAGAAAAGCGGUUGUGGUUGGGCCUCGGUAAGGUAUAAAGGCAAGAAAUUGGAUGCAUUCAAGAAUAGUUGGUUGCGGAAAUGUGCCCAGCAUAAGGAUUCCAUAUCGGAGGAUAUUGAGGAUGUUGAUAAAAAAUGUGAAUCUCCACAGCCGGUGGUGAAAAGGACAGUAUUCCAACACAAUACCAUUACCAAUCGUAAUGUUAUGCAUGAUGCAAAUAUGCUUAUAGAAGCAGUGCCGUUUACAACACUUGGUAAAUUGCAACCAUUUCUAUUGACAAUAAAUUCAUCAGCUUUAUUGUUGGCUGAUUUCCAUUGCCAUUUGACAAUGCAUGAGGUCUGUGGCUAUUUGGGAGGAACCUGGGAUAUAACUUCACACACUUUGGCAAUUACAAAAGCCUAUCCAUGUCGCAAUACCCGUUUUGAUCGAGGCAAGGCCGCCGAUAUUGAACGUGAUAUACAAAAGAAUAUGUCAAAAGAUCAACUAUUAUUGGUUGGUUGGUACCAUUCUCAUCCGAAAUUUCAAGCAGAGCCAACAUUGAGAGAUUGUGAUGCUCAAUUGGAUUGUCAAAUUAAAAUGCGUGGAGCCUCAGAUGCCACAUAUACACCCUGUGUUUCUUUGAUUAUAUCUCCCUAUUUCGACGAAAAUCCCACACUGGAAUCUGUGGUAAAAUCCAUAUGGGUUAUGCCACCAAAUGAAAACAAACAGGCCUUGGAAUAUGGUCGCCCAAUGUUAAUGCAAUAUUCGGUAUUACCCGAUAAAGAAAUUCCCGAAGAAGUACGUUCUGAAAUCCAAUCAUGUGUAGAUUAUUAUACACAGUUUCGCAACGAGGUUGUACGUUUUCAAAAUAUCUACAACGAUGAUGUAACGUUUAUUGAAAAACUAAAAAACACAUUAUAUCCAAAAUUCCCCCUAAAACAAAAUGAUAAAGCAUUAUGGAAUUGGAUAUGUGCUGUAUUGGGUUGUGAGCAAGAGGAUGAUUUUAUUCCUCCAAAGACAAUAAAAAUAAUUGAUAUAAAGGACGAUGCAGCGCCGAAAGUGGUGGGCACAGAUGAAAAAUUGGAAGUGAAACCAGAGGAAGAAUUAAAAGCUGACUCUGAGACAUUGGCCCAAAAAAUUACUGCAGCAGAAGAAGCUUUACGCGCAGCUGAGGAACAAUCACAGGCUGAACAGAAGGCCAGCGAACUGAAGGUCCUCUCGUUGCAGGAACAAUUGUGUCUACCAUCGGGGCUAAAUAUGAACCCGGUACGUAUGUUAUCUCCAUUGGCUACACCAAACCCCACUGCUGGGGUGGCAGCUACAACAACCAGUGCUUCGGGAAUUGCUCCAAUUAUAACACCACUCACACAACCACCAGCACCUGUGACAGCAGUACCAUCUUCUGUACUUUUACCGCCUAUGCCGCCUGCUAUACCCACGUUACCACCUGCAGCUGUUGCAAAUUUGCCUUCUGCCUCGCCCCGUGACAGUCCCAUUACAAUACCCUCAAACUCUGCUUCACCGGCUAAAUUUGAAUUGCCUGUGAGGGCAUCUCCCUCACCAGCAAAAUCAGAUACAUCAUCGCAUACAUCAAGGACUCGAAAUUCACCCGCUCCCAGUCCUGGCAAAUUUAGUAUUAGUGACAUAGCCCGCAACAGUCCCAGCAUAACACCGACCAAUAAAUUUGAUCCAUCAUCCGUUGGGGGGUUGGUACCACCAUCGGCAUCUGCCUCGGUUGGCCAUAAUUUACCCACAGCCAACGAUUUAAUGGCGGCAAGCCUAGCACAACUGGCUGGCCAAUUGCCACCGAACUUUUUGCAAGGAGAUUUGGCUGCUCUAUUCCAACAACGCAAAGAAUAUGGUAAUACAUCGCUCAAUCAAUUGGCUGCAGCCGCUGCCAAAGUUGGAGGUGGUAAUCAAUCGAAUCAAAAUAAAGCUCAAAAUUCCUCAUCUGUUUCGUCGUCGUCAGUACCAUCAGCUGCCUCGGGUUUGCCUGACUUUUCGGAUCCAAAUGUAGCUGCUGCAGUGGCUGCAUAUUCGCAGCAAUUCAAUAUGCCACGUUUACAGGAUAUGUUGCCACAGGCUCCUGCACCAGCUCCAGCGCCUGCUCCCACUAAAUCAAAAUCCGAAAGAUCUUCAAAAUCAUCUUCGUCCUCAUCCUCUUCAUCUUCCUCGUCGAACAGUUCGAAUUCAUAUAAAACAAAAUUGAUGAAGGAAUUGGAUGAGUUCAAAAAUGAUCCCUUGAAAAUGUCUGAGCUAAUACGUUCUCCGGAAUAUGCUGCUCUGCUACUGCAGCAGGCAGAGGCACUGGGAGCUACCACAUUGGGAACUUUGGGCUUCGGUGCUGAUUUCAGUUAUCUUACCGCUGGCUUGCAACCACCUCCUUCACAGGGCAGUAAAAAUAAGAAUUCUUCAGCUGCAGCAGCGGCCGCCAAUGCUGCUGCUGCCGCCUCCGCAGCAGCCCUGUCGGCGGACUAUAACAAUCUGUUGCAAUCGUAUUCCUACUUGCAACAACAGUCCAAGACAAAUGAUCUAAACGCAUUCCUGCAACAACAAAUGACAGCUGCUGCGGCAGCUGCAGCCAUUAGUGUACCGCCAGCUGUAUCACCUAGCACUUCGAAGAAACAGCAACAACAGCAUCAGCAGCAACAACAACAGCAACAAAUGCAUGCCGACUAUACAACAUUGCUGCAGACCUAUUCCAAGUUAUUCGAUCCCACAAAUCAGUUCUCAGCUCUAACCGGUAAAGGUGGGCCAACACCUCAUGAGUUGUCAGCUCUUCUUACAGCUGGCAUAACGGGCGGAGCUGGUGGUGGUGUUCCCUCUUCCUCGGGAGGUUCCUCGUCUUCGGCUAAACAAAAACACAAGGAAGCCCAACAACAGCAGCAACAACAACUUGCCCAACAAACAGAUAUGCUCAAUCAGCUGUUACAGUCCGAAAAGCAACAAUCGGAUUUAAACGCUUUGCUUUAUCAUCAAAAUAAGGCUGCUGCCGAUUUGAAUGCUCUCUUUGCCCAGCCCACAUCGGCACCACCCUCCUCGAAUACACCUUCAUCUUCGAAAUCAGGCGGUGGUUCAGGACCCAAUUCAACAGGAGCACCAUCGCCGCUAACCGAUCCCGCUGCCGCCUAUUAUAAUGCAUUGGCUCAAGAGAAAAUGCAAGACUAUGCUGCAUUCUUCCAACAACACCAACAGCAAGCUGGAAAAUUUGGUAUACCCGAUCCAUUGGCCAAGUCUACAUUGGCUGCCAAUAAUCUCUUUAUGUCUCCAUCGGCUUUGUUGAAGAUUCAACAGGAAUCUCUAAAUGCCAUGAUGAUGAAACCACCCAAAUCCACCAGUUCAUCAUCGCGUAAUCGUGAGUCUUCAGCUUCGCCAGCUUUGGAGCGUCUGACACCCACCAAAUCUGGGGUAACAGGUGGCUCCUCCACACCAGGUGGUGGAAAAUAUAAUUUCAGUGCUGUAGAUUUGGCCAUAUCCAGUGUGCCCUCCAACACACCAUCACCGGCACCAUCCGACGGUAGUAACUCUUCUGCGCAUCGACGUCCCUCGAAUACACCGCCUGUUGAUUUGACACGACUCUAUGGUGAAUUGGCACCACAUGGUUCACUGGCAGCAUUGAGUGCUGGUUUGGGUGCUGCAGCUGCUGCCGGUCUCGGUGGUGUUGGCACCAAGAAACGCAUGGAAUUCUCGUCUAUAGCUGAUUUAGCUGCCCCACCCCCAGCUAAAAUACCCAAGACUGGCGAUGAUGUUCUAAAUCUAUCGAAUGAAUAAAAUACUUUUAGAAGGAUGAGUUCGUAAGCACAAGAUUUUUUCUGUAAAAGAAAAUUUUAAAUUAGUAUUAUAUGAAUAAGAAAGAAAGAAAUUCUCCUUUGAUUAAAAUGAGAAGAAAAAUGGAAAAGAUCACUUCUCGAAUUCACAAACAUUUUACUUUUAGAUGAAACAAACUUCACAAAAAUCGAAACAGAAGGGACUAUUCUGAAACCAUUUUGGGACAAAACAUCGAUUCUUAAGUUUAUCAAUAUCUACAAUUUCUAAACUUACAUCAUAUGGUUUACCCCGAAAAUGGUUCCAGAAUCAUCCCCACCAAGUAUUCUUAAAUAGUUGUAGUAAUUAUAUAUUUUUUGUUUUUAUGUUCAUCUUUGUUUCCUUUGUUUUCUUCUUUGUCCAUUCCCACCCACCUACCACCUUCAUAUCCCGCAUUUAGCUUUUAAAGCUAUUAUCUAUAAUGUCUGCAGCUCAGUAUCAAGAUUAAGUAUUCUUUUUUUAUUUAACAGUAAUAUUUUUGGCAAUUAUUUUUAAGUAGUAACCUUAACCGGCAAAAAAUCUCGCAUCGAUAUUUUAAAAAUUUUGUAUUUUCUUUAAAAAAAGUAUUUUACAACAUUAAGUAGGGAUGACUCUCUAAUGACCUUUUUAAGUAUAUUAUUUUGUGUGUGUGUUUGUGUAUUAUCAGUAAGAAAAAUCCUCUUUUAAUCUCUUUAACAUUAAUGUAAACGUAAUUGAGAGCAAUGAACUAUAAAGAAAUAUAUACUUUACUCUUACACAAAAUAUUAACAAAAAUAAA